AUGGAAAACUUCAUCCUGUAUGAGGAAAUUGGAACAGGACGCAAGUCAGUGGUUUAUAAGGGCAGGAGGAAAGGGAGCAUACAUUUUGUUGCAAUUAUUUGCAGUGACAAGUCAAAAAGACCUGAAAUUACAAACCACGUAAGUAUCCAGCAUCACUUCCUAGUAUUACACACAUCCCUUUCAACUGAUUUGACUGAGUAACACUGACUGGGGAAUCCGCAGGUACGGCUAACUCACGACAUAAAACAUGAGAAUGUGGUAACCUUCUAUGAGUGGUAUGAAACCAGCAACCAUCUUUGGCUUGUAGUGGAACUGUGCACAGGUGAGAUGCUUAUUUGGUACUAUAAGAAUACAAUUGUUACCGUAUGUCAACCUUUUACCUUUACGUUUCACAAAGUAGGAAUGUGAUUUGAUAGUGUAUAAUGGUAGGAUAAUAAUAAUCAUUAAUAAUUUCUCUAUAUUUUAGGGGGUUCACUGGAGUCAGUCAUCACCCAGGAUGAGUGCCUGUCAGAAGAUGUAGUGAGGGAAUUUGCCAUUGAUCUGGUCAAAGGCUUGAGAUACAUCCAUGAUGCUGGUAUCGUGUUCUCCGACCUCACUCCCUCCAAGGUGCGGUACAGUAUAGAUGUCCUGACUCUAUAAUUUAGUGCGUACGGCCCAGUACAUCACUAGGGCCAAGCUUCCUGCCAUCCAGGACCUAUAUACUAGGCGUGUCAGAGGAAAGCCCAAAAAAUUGUCAAAGUCUCCAGUCACCCUAGUCAUAGACUGUUCUCUCUGCUACCGCACGGCAAGCGGUACCGGAGCGCCAAGUCUAGGACCAAAAGGCUCCUUAACAGCUUCUACCCCUAAGCCAUAUGACUGCUGAACAAUUAAUCAAAUGGCCACCCGGACUAUUUACAUUGACUAUUUAUUGUUAUUUUUUAUUUGAUUAAGUAAAUAUUUUCUUAACUCGUUCUUGAAUUCAUUGUUGGUUAAGUGCUUGUAAGUAAGCAUUUCACUGUAAGGUCUACAGUUGUAUUCGGCGCAUGUGACACAUAAAGUUUGAUUUAAUUUAAUUUAAAAAAUCAACAAACUCUAUAUAUCGAGGCACAUCUGACAUUUAACACACUCUAUAGAUCAAACCAACCUAACACUUUACAUCCAAUGAGCUCCUUUUAUCAACUAAGCAAUGCUGAUUAUUUCUAGCCAACAUUUAUUCUCUGUCUCAGUUUUGAUUUCAUGAAAUCAAUGUCAUUUGAUUAUGACUUUGUUUUUUUCCCCCCUAUAGAUCUUGCUGGAUGGCCCUGGCACAUUGAAGUACUCUAACUUCUGCCUGUCUAAAGCUGAGGGGGAGAAUCUGGAGGAGUUUUUCACUUUAGUCACAGCAGAGGAAACAGGUGGAGGGGAUGGCAAAGAAAACACAUCAAGAACAAGUAUCAAGAACAGAAUCCAAGGUGAUCCUUUACAGAUAAUAUCGCUAUACCAUGGCAUUAUUGAAUACUCGUAUCUGAUUUGCUUGAAGGGCAUUUUAGAGCGUGCCUAAUUUGCCUAUAACGCACGGUAUAUCCACACGGUACAAUUCAAUGGCUAUAGUUUAUUCUUACAUGUUCUAUGUUGGAGCUGCUUUUGAAAGCAAAAGUCAAAUUGAAAACAUUAUUGGCAUUGUUGAAUUCGAUUUUCAUAAUAGCAAGCUAGGACUGAUGGGUUGGUUAGCUAAACUAGAAAGUCUGUUUGUUUGGUUUCCAAGGCAACUACUGUAGCUAUCUAGUAAACCUGCUAGCUACUUCAGUGGAUGUUGAACACAUUUCUACUGGCAAAUGAACACAUUUCUACUGGCAAAUAUGUUAAAAUAUAGCCAUGGUAUAAAAGGGAUAAUCAACUUGGGGCUCUAUGCGUUCUCUGGAAAAUAAUGCAACUCCGUGGAAGGUCAGUUCCACGUUGUUCAUUAUUUUCUAUAGAAUGCAUAGCCCCUCGUUGAUUAUCCCUUACUUAUUGGAUGUUUAUCAGAAAGUUAUAUCACAUAUUCUAUUGUAACGACCCUGUGUAGCGACAUUGUUCGCAGACCACCGCGGACAAACUCACUCUCCCUGCCUGUUUCAUUACACUGGUGUCAGACGAGAAGUGAUGUCCAACUUCUGACACCAGUGGAAUGGAACAGGCAGGGAGAGUGAGCUUGUCCUCAGUGGUCGAUGAACCCUCAACCUUCUGGCCCAAAGCCACAAAAGCAUGCUCAAGUGGCAGAGUCGAUAUCCGCGCAUAAACACAGGGUCGCUAUAUAUGUAUUUACCCCCCCAAAACAAAUAUAUGGGGGAUUGGCAAUGAUGCAGACAAUUACAUUGAUGGAAACUACAAUCAAUCUGCAAUAUUAAAGCUGAUUUACCCCCCAAAAGAAACACACACAAAAAACAGGGUCGCUACAUUAUCACAUUAUGUUAUAUAUCAUAUCAUGUUAUAUCAUAUCAUGGUUUUCAAUAUAUUGCAGUAAUGGAGAUGUCUUUGUCUUUCUUCAGGGUCUCCAGUAUACUGUGCACCAGAGGUGGUCAAAGGAGGAGACCCCAGUACCAGUAGUGAUCUGUGGGCCCUGGGCUGUAUAUUCUAUGAGAUGUUUUCAGGUACUCAUCAAAUCACUUGGGCUGUGGACCAGAUCUGUUUGUCCUCUUGCCAACUCCUUUGCUCAUUGCCAUUUUCAAUUAGUGACAAGUAGUUGGCACUGUAGCACAAACAGACUGGCACUCAGGCUAUCAAACCACUUGAUUUAUUGACAUUGAUUACAGAAUAACAGUACUCAUCUCAUACAUAAAUACUUCUGUCUUGUUUUGCGGUCAUUUCUCAGGAAAACCACCAUUCUUCUCCGAGACCUUCUCUGAGUUGAUUGAGCUGAUAUUACUUGAAGAUCCUCCAUCUCCAAGGCAAAGUGGUAAAACAAUCAUUUCUAUUGCUUAAAAUAACAAAAUGUGUUUUAUUGCCAUAAAAGCAUCUUAAUUAUAGUCCAUAUUGUCUUUGUUGUUAAAGGGACUUCUUCCUGCAAGCCUACACAAGAGUUCCAAAGCCUGCUUAAAGGUUUGCUUCAGAAAGACCCUCAGAAGAGGUACGUCCGUACUCCCUGCACCAAAUCAGGUUCUUGGUUUGAAGUUUCCAUGACGGAUAAUUAAUAUUAUCCCUUUGACAUAUAACCUUUGGAAAGGGGGAUACCUAGUCAGUUGCACAACUGAAUGCCUUCAACCAAAUUGUGUUUUCCACAUUUUUUUAUUUAUUUAUUUAUUUAACCUUUAUUUAACUAGGCAAGUCAGUUAAGAACAAAUUCUUAUUUACAAUGACGGCCUACACCGGCCAAACCCGGACGACGCCCUAUGGGACUCCCAAUCACGGCCCGUUGUGAUACAGCCUGGAAUCAAACCAGGAGGUCUGUAGUGACGCCUCAAGCACUGAGAUGCAGUGCCUUAGACCGCUGUGUCACUUGGGAGCCCAUUUAACCCAACCCCUUUAAAUUAGAGAGGUGUAGGGGGCUGCCUUAAUCGACGUCAUCAGAGCCCGAGGAGCAGUUGUUGUUGGGGUUUAAUUGCCUUGCUCAAGAGCAGAACGGCAGAUUUUUCCACCUUGCUGGCUCGGUCAUUCGAACCAUCGACCUUUCGGUGACCGGCCCAACGCUCAUAGCCGCUAGGCUACCUGUGUAGGACAAGUAGGCCGACAUAAGUUUGGUCAGAAAGAGAGUGCUUUAUUAGACUUCAGCAUUGAACUGUUCUCCUCAGGAUAAACUGGACUCAGUUACUGGCCCACCCAUUCUGGAGAGGAGUGUUCUCUGAGGUCUACACCAGCAAGGAGGAAGAAGAAGAUAUCUCAUCCAGCUCCAGGUAAUGUUUAUGUUUCAUAUUACAAUCAGGGCCUUUAUUCACAAAGCGUAUCAGAGAAGGAGUUCUGAUAUAGGAUCUGUUUAGCCUUUUUAAAUCACAAUGAAUAAGAUUACGUGGACAGCAGGGACCUGGUCCUAGAUCAGUACACUUAUUCUGAGAUGCUUUGUGAAUAUUUGAGCUUUUUAUUGAUCCUCUUAAAGGGAUACUUUAGGAAUUUGGCAAUGAACUUGUGAAUACCAUUUUUAUAUCUCUGCGUGCAGUUUGAAGGAAGUUACUAGCUAGCGCUAGCGCAAUUGCUAACUAGCGUUAGCGCAAUGACUGGAAGUCUAUGGUAUCUGCUAGCAUGCUUGUUAGCAUUGGUUCGUGAAACUACCUCUAACUUCCUUCAUACUGGACGCCGAGACAUAAAAAUGGUAUCCACGAGUUCAUCUGACUCUGGGAAAGUAGAUAAUAAAGGGCCUCAUUGCCAAAAUCCCAAAGUAUCCCUUUAAAGUCUUAACCUUUGUUCUGCAGUUGUAGGAAGUGGACAAAUGUUUGUCUGCCAAUGUUAGUUUAAUGUACAUAGACGGUCAUUUAUAAACUGUUUGAGAAGCUCUGUCUCACCUGUUUCAAUGCCAAACACUGUUUUGGAAUUGCAUAUCUACCUCCCCGGCCUUUUCUCAUGACAUAACUUCUUGAGAAUGCAUGUUGGUCUGAUGUUAUCAUAAACCAUGCCUGUGUGUUCAGGAUGGAGCCUGGGACCUGUCCAAUCAGAUGGGUUGUACUGUUUUGUGUUAGUGGGAGGAAGACUGAGUGGGUGCAGUGGUCUAAGGCACUGCAUCGCAGUGCUAACUGUGCCACUAGAGAUCCUGGUUCGAAUCCAGGCUCUGUCGUAGCCGGCCGCGACCGGGAGACUCAUGGGCGGCGCACAAUUGGCCCAGCGUCGUCCAGGGUAGGGGAGGGAAUGGCCGGCAGGGAUGUAGCUCAGUUGAUAGAGCAUGGUGUUUGCAACGCCAGGGUUGUGGGUUCGAUUCCCAGUAUAAAAAAAAAGAAAAAGAUAUGUAUUCACUAACUGUAAGUCGCUCUGGAUAAGAGCGUCUGCUAAAUGACUAAAAUGUAAUGUAAAUGUAAGACAAGGCCUUCACAGAGCUGAUGUUGAAUAUGAUUUACUAACUGCAAUAUGAGAAUAAGAUAAAAGUCCUUGUUUCACUUGUGUAAUAACCUAUACCUCUAAACUCUAUAACUAUUUAAUAAGACAACAGGUUCUAUGUAACUACAGUGUUGCUACUACAGGUGUCAUAUUACUGUGUAGUUACAUAGGUAGAAGGUCAUGUUUCCUUUCUGUUUGUAGUCUGGUGAUGUUUUAUUUUAGUUGUUGCGUACUAACUAAUAUCUGACCUGUCUUUUGGCUGCAGUGUGGGGAGGAGUGGUGUCUGUUCCUCUAGCCAGUCAUCAGCAGUGACACCUGUCUCAGUGACCUCCCAGGGACCAGGAGGGGGACACAGAAUCGUACAGGGAGAGGCAGCAGGGGCCGCCGGGGCAGAGGAGCCCGUCUACAUGCACCCCAACAAAUCAUUCCGAUUAGGUAAUGCUUUCUGGGAAGGUGGAAGCAGACAUGUUGAUGACAGUUGAUGACAGUGUAGGUGCUGUGUCUGAACAUCUUCUUCUUCUUCUUCUUCUUCUUCUUCUUCUUCUUCUUCUUCUUCUUCUUCUUCUUCUUCUUCUUCUUCUUCUUCUUCUUCUUCUUCUUCUUCUUCUUCUUCUUCUUCUUCUUCUUCUUCUUCUUCUUCUUCUUCUUCUUCUUCUUCUUCUUCUUCUUCUUCUUCUUCUAGACAACGUGACAGAGCUUAGACCAAAGAGUGCGCUGGACAAAGAUACCAGGGAGUCCAUAUUCCUCCUCAGGUACGAUCAGUGUUCAACUCCAGUUGUUCUGAUCAUUUACUAAACAUUGUGUUGGAUCAACAGCUUGAGUAAGUCAAACUGGAAAAUACUAAUUUCAUAUAUAUAUAUAUAUAUAUAUUUUUUUUUUUCCUGAAUGUUUUUUAAAUCUCAAAAUGAAGCAUGUUUUAUGUGAUAUUUUUCAUCAAUCAGCUCUCGUCCAUCUCCAAGAAUGAGUUGCACUGCAAGAGAUACACCCAACAGGACACCAUUACCUCAAGUGAGUUCUUCUGUUAUCAAAGAGCCAAAGGAGAGCACUCCCAUACCUCUGCAACUUUCUCCACAAUUACAUUUUAAGUGUAAUCUUUCUGUGAGCUGUCUUUACUCAGAAACAUAGACUAUUACCAUGGCGUGCCUGUAGACUGCAGAAACUGGUAGUUGAGAAUUCAUUGUUUUCACAGGUUAUUCUCGGUUACAGUUGUUUGUUAACCUUUGGCGCCCUCUACAACAUUCUCAGUGAAGUGCCACUUUUCGCUUAUAAUUUUUUUCCAGAUGAAUUGACUGUAUACAUAAGGACAUUGGACAUUCUUAUGUAUUAUAAACUUCACUUUCAUUCAGCCGCUUUAGCCACUUUCAUUUAUGAGAUCUUUGGAAGUCUGGUGUUUGAAUGAUGUUCGAUUAUUGGGCUGUAGUAAUAAUUAUCACAUACUAUAAUUGUGCUCAUUUGUAAUGAUGACAUCACUCUGGUUGUUGUCAUCUUCAGGACAGUGUGGUGGUCAGUGGUCUGAAUGACAUCAGUUGCUGUAUAAAGGACCUGGUGUACAUUGACUCUGACCUGGCAGUCACACCUAUUAUGGACAACCCAAAGGUACCACAAACUACAUCAUGUACUGCUCUUAUUUCUCCUGUUUGUUUUCUAGUUUUCUUUCUAGAAAUACAUUGUUAUUAAUUAUUGCAUUGUUGGGUUUUGAGUUAGCAAGAAAGGCAUUCCACUGUACUUGUGCAUGUGACAUUAAAACUUGAAACUUGCUCUGUAUUUAAGCAAUAUGUAAAAAAAAAUAUAACAUGCUUUGUCUGAUGCCGAAUAGGCUGACAUUUUCAAUAGUUCCACAGCCCACUUCUACCCAUUUUUGUGUCAAGUGCUUAUCAGAGUCCAAAAUGUGUUACACGUCCUCACAGCAGUGUUCUAGAAUAUUGGAUCGUUGGCUUUCAUACUUUUCGAAUUCCCAGCAAUUUCUUCAACCGUCACCCAAUUUCAAAUGAAUAGGAGCCGCGUACGCGGAGCCGUGCUGAUUGGGAAUUUUGGGGAAGUGUGCGGUCACGCUGUGCGUCCUCCAUGGACGGUGGACUCGGAGCCAGAUAAAUAUGUCACAAUGGGACGCUGGACUAUCACGGGUCCUCGGCUUUGGACUCUGAAUUGCGCUUAAGAACAGAGGUUGGCAAUCCGCAACUCUUGUGCAUUCUAGUAACAAAGAUAUAUAUAUAUUUUUUUCAGAUUCUGAAGACUGCUCCAGUGCGAUAUGACUCAAAGACUUUGUGUGUCCGAGCAUACUCAGGUAAUAAAGAAGAACAAACAGGAAAGCUCUCGACUGCUGUGCUGCUGCUGAGUAACACUUGUACACACUCUGUAAUUGACAAGUGUGUAGCAGGUGUUAAUCCACACACACACACACAGGUUAGACAGACAGCUAAAGCUGGGUCUGCUGUGUGAUUUAUUGAGCACCUCUGCCCCCCCCCCUCUAUAGUGGAGAAGCUGUCAUGUCUGAGCCCUGAGGACUGGAGGGUGUUUCUACAGCAGCUGUGCUCUUCUCUGGAGACCCAGGCUGAUAAGACCACGGCGGCGGCCCGCUCCAAACUCAACCUCCUCUGCUAUCUGUGUACCAUAGCUGCCCACAAGGACACAGCUACCAGGCUCAUCAACUCUCAGCUGGUAAGGGAAGGGUCACUGCCUGACGGUCUGACCACAUGCCCAGCAUGCCUGCCAUUCCUCCCAGGGCUGCUGGUGGCCAGAGUUCUAACAAGACAUGGGCCCCUCUAGGCUAAUUUAAGUGUUCAGAGGAAAAUUCUUAGAAUCACUCCACAACCUCUGGCCUUGCUGAGGUUUCUCAAGUGUUCGAAAGAUAAAAGGCUGUGGCACUGUGAAGCCAUCAAAGGCUUCCUAUAUUUACCAUGUGACCCCGAGCUCCUCAGCAUGGCUACUAUACGUGUCUGCCUUUGUUGAUCAGCGGGAAGCUGAAACAGUAGUCAGCUAUGUGGGACCAGGAAGUUAACACUGUUAUUUCCUCAAGAUAAUAAGAAAAUGAACUUCCUAUUUCCUGUACUUUUUGUUACUGAGAUCCGCUCAGCUUAACAUGUUCAAUGACCCUAGUUAUGUAUGAGAGCACAAAGACCAGGAGGACGUCCCAAAUGACACCCUAUUCCCUACAUAGUGCACUUUUGAAUUGGGCCCAGUCAAAAGUAGUGCACUAUGUAGGGAAUAGGGUGCCAUUUGGGACACACAGAACUCUGUUGCCAAUAUCAUAAAGUUGCUUCCUCGUUACAGUGACGAGGUAUUAAGUUGUGACAUAUGGGACAUUAAUCUGGUCAAAUUUAAAGAUCAAAUCUCUUCAUUCGUUUUUAAUGAAAUGUCCAGACUGAGGAUUGAUUCAGGCGUAGUAAUUCCGUCUGACGGAGAGUCUUUUAUAGCUAUUAACCACUAGAUGGCAUUCCAGUUACAUCACUCACUCAGAUUGAACUGAAAAUGACAUCGCCACAAUCAUUAGACCUCAUUGUAUCUUUUAGUAUAUCAUUGUUUUGGGACUUAUUCGGACACUAUGGCCAGCCCUGACUGAGUUUAUAACAAUGAUGUAUUGGUAACAUGACUAAUUCAAUGCUGUACUACUGAAAGACGACUGAACUGACUGACAUACGUUGAAGUCGGAAAUGUACAUACACCUUCGCCAAAUACAUUUAAACUCAGUUUUUCACAAUUCCUGACAUUUAAUCCUAGUACAAAUUCCCUGUUUUAGGUCAGUUAGGAUCACCACUUUAUUUUAAGAAUGUGAAAUGUCAGAAUAAUAGUAGAGAGAAUGAUUUAUUUCAGCUUUUAUUUAUUUAAUCACAUUCCCAGUGGGUCAGAAGUUUACAUACACUCAAUUAGUAUUUGGUAGCAUUGCCUUUAAAUUGUUUAACUUGGGUCAAACGUUUCGGGUAGCCUUCCACAAGCUUCCCACAUUAAGUUGGGUGAAUUUUGGCCCAUUCCUCCUGACAGAGCUGGUGUAACUGAGUCAGGUUUGUAGGCCUCCUUGCUCACACAUGCUUUUUCAGUUCUGCCCACAAAUGUUCUAUAGGAUUGAGGUCAGGGCUUUGUGAUGGCCACUCCAAUACCUUGACUUUGUUGUCCUUAAGCCAUUUUGCCACAACUUUGGAAGUAUGCUUGGGGUCAUUGUCCAUUUGGAAGACCCAUUUGCGACCAAGCUUUAACUUCCUGACUGAUGUCUUGAGAUGUUGCUUCAAUAUAUCCACAUACUUUUCCUUCCUCAUGAUGCCAUCUAUUUUGUGAAGUGCACCAGUCCCUCCUGCAGCAAAGCACCCCCACAGCAUAAUGCUGCCACCCCCGUGCUUCACGGUUGGGAUGUUGUUCUUCAGCUUGCAAGCAACCCCCUUUUUCCUCCAAACAUAACGAUGGUCAUUAUGGCCGAACAGUUCUAUUUUUGUUUCAUCAGACCAGAGGACAUUUCUCCAAAAAGUAUGAUCUUUGUCCCCAUGUGCAGUUGCAAACCGUAGUCUGGCUUUUUUAUGGCGAUUUUGGAGCAGUGGCUUCUUCCUUGCUGAGUGGCCUUUCAGGUUAUGUCGAUAGAUACAAUACAAAUGCACCUCCGUACCUUCAGGCUCUGAUCAGUCCCUACACCCAAACGAGGGCAUUGCGUUCAUCCACCUCUGGCCUGCUGGCCCCCCUACCUCUGUGGAAGCACAGUUCCCGCUCAGCCCAGUCAAAACUGUUCGCUGCUCUGGCACCCCAAUGGUGGAACAAGCUCCCUCACGACGCCAGGACAGCGGAGUCACUCACCACCUUCCGGAGACACUUGAAACCCCACCUCUUUAAGGAAUACCUUGGAUAGGAUAAAGUAAUCCUUCUACCCCCCCCUUACCCCACCCCCCCCCCAAAAAAAAUAAAAAAUAUUGUAAAGUGGUUAUCCCACUGGCUAUAAGGUGAAUGCACCAAUUUGUAAGUCGCUCUGGAUAAGAGCGUCAGCUAAAUGACAUAAAUGUAAUAUAGGACUCGUUUUACUGUGGAUAUAGAUACUUUUGUACCUGUUUCCUCCAGCAUAUUCACAAGGUCCUUUGCUGUUGUUCUGGGAUUGAUUUGCACUUUUCGCACUAAAGUACGUUAAUCUCUAGGAGACAGAACGCGUCUCCUUCCUGAGCGGUAUGGCGGCUGCGUGGUCCCAUGAUGUUUAUACUUGCGUACUAUUGUUUGUACAGAUGAACGUGGUACCUUCAGGCGUUUGGUAAUUGCUCCCAAGGAUGAACCAGACUUGUGGAGGUCUACAAUUUUUUUUCUGAGGUCUUGGCUGAUUUAUUUUGAUUUUCCCAUGAUGUCAAGCAAAGAGGCACUGAGUUUGAAGGUAGGCCUUGAAAUACAUCCACAGGUACACCUCCAAUUGACUCAAAUGAUGUCAAUUAGCCUAUCAGAAGCUUCUAAAGCCAUGACAUCAUUUUCUGGAAUUUUCCAAGCUGUUUAAAGGCACAGUCAACUUCUGACCCACUGGAAUUGUGAUACAGUGAAUUAUAAGUGAAAUAAUCUGUCUGUAAACAAUUGUUGGAAAAAUUACUUGUGUCAUGCACAAAGUAGAUGUCCUAACCGACUUGCCAAAACAAUAGGUUGUUAACAAGAAAUUUGUGGAGUGGUUGAAAAACGAGUUUUAAUGACUCCAACCUAAGUGUAUGUAAACUUCCGACUUCAACUGUAUAUUACAGCGUUAACCAACUGCUGUUCUGUCCUCUCCCUUUGUAACAGUUCCCUGUGUUGACCCAGCAGCUGCGACUAGCACCCAACUGGGAUGUGUGAGUUCCUUUAGCUUCCACCUGUCCGACCCCAUACAUACAUACAAUCACUCUCUGCAUUCUCCAUGCGCCAAUGCAUGGAAAUAAUGUCUAGCAUGUACUGUAGCCUACUGCACUAGCGUUUACAAUGAUCUGGUGCCUGGUCUGGAUGUUCUGUAAAUCACUGUUAGAGUUAUAUCCAUCAUCAGGAUCAUUUAACGAGUUUUGACUUGAGGAUUCUAUUUUGUUUUUCAAUGAUUAAAUGAAUUAAGAACGGAUGUUGUACGGAUUAAAUAAAUAUAAUUACAGCAGCACUUCUUACUAAAUGGUGAUAAAAUGAUGUAGAAAAUAGUAGUAUUAUUUCUGUGGAUGAUUUCCAUGUAUUUAGACCAGUGUCCUGUGUGUCUAUUCCAGGAAGUCUAUAGCAUUAGUGGCCUAUUUCUAUGGAUGUUUUUGUAUUUCAGGUUAAAACAGUGUCAUGUAUUUAUGGUUAGACCUGUGUCCUGUGUGUGUGUGUGUGUGUGUGUGUGUGUGUGUGUGUAUUCCAGGAAGUCUAAGGUGAUGCGGGUUCUGGGGCUGCUGGCAUCCCAUUGCACUGAGCUCAGAGAGGAGACCCCUGUCACUGAGGUUAGUGGAACUGUCUGUCACACUGCUGACGCUGGCAUAAUCCAGCUGCACUGCACUGGGCCCCUUCACCCUAUUGUCACAGCACCUGUGCUUGUCCUCUGUGUAUCAAUGGUGGAUGUGUUCCAAAUGCAUAGGGCUAUGGCACUAUGUAGGGAAUAGGGUGCCAUUUGCGAUUUGGUCGGGUGUGUCACAUAUAACUAUCAAAGCCAUGAGCUCCUGAAUAGUUGAACAGACCUUUAACUGUUAGAACCAAAGCAGACCGUGUAAUAGUCGCAAUACAAACGCCUCUCAAUCUUUUACACAUGCACACAAUUCUAACUAUGUGAAAGACCCCUACAACAUCAACAACAACAGUCAAAUCUGUUGAAUUAAAAUCCCCUAAAUCUGUUACUAAUCGCAGCAGAGCCAUAGAAGUCUAGUCUCUAUGCGGCUUUAUGAUCAUCCAAUGGGAGCGGUAGUGAGAGGAAGUACCAGGGUGAAUCACCAGAUGCCACUGUAACCCAGCGGUAGGUAGAGCUCUAAACAAGCGCUACCAACCGACCUGCCCAAACAUGCUUAUAGAGCCGUUAACAAACCGUCAAAGGCAUUGCGGUUAAUCAUUAAAAAAAACAGGAUUCUAUUUGAUGUGAAAUCUGGCGCCUCCACCCUUGAUCCACGUCUUACAUGGGGUUUUCCAUGAUUUUCUGUGGUGGUUUAUAGGUUUAAAGCUCAUAGAGGUAGAGAGAUAGAAGGAGGGGUAUACGAGCGAUAUACAAAAUGGCCGCCGUUAGUCGGCACACCAGAGAAUGGCGCAGCAACUUUUUAUUUUCUCCACAGUCUUCUUUUCUAAAGAUGGCUGAGGAUUUGAUUUGUCGCCCCGCCCCCCACCACCCAUCUGGGCACAGCUUGCUCAGAUUCCCAGAGUGACAGAUCCCAGAGACUUUUAUCAUUGUGCUCUCUACAGGGGUUCUGUGUCUGAUGGUCAGCCGCAGUCAUGGCGAUUUCUGCGUCAGGGCAGGGCUAUUGUUCCCGCCACCACCAUAUGUCUGCCACACUGUGGAUCUCAGUGGUCGUCCGUGAUCCCAGUUAAAGUUUCCACUGUGAGACGAGAUGGGUUUUCUCUCUCUUGGUCCGGGCUUCUGUUGCUCCAAUUGUCUUUUGAAAGGAGUUCUCACAAUGAGAAUCACAAGUUACAAUGCCGCAUAGUUCAAUGUUUAUUGUCAGCGUUGAAUUUGGUGCCUCGGUACGCUCAAUAGGCUACAUAACAGAAUCAGACGUCAAUUUGGCCCUACAUUAUCUUUACAAACCUACAUUUCUCACAGUCCUUUAAAACAGUGAGCGGCAAUGACUGCAGGUGCUAUUUUUCAGGCAUACUGUAGGCUUAGUUAGGACAGGAAGAGAGGAAUUAGUUCAGUAUUAUCCUCUUUCCUCUGCCUGUCUCUAUGGAUACUCCAACAUCAUUCUAAUGAAGUGUUAUCUUCCCUGGCAGAGGCAGUACUUUCCUGUGCCACAAACCACCAAACCUCAAUUCAGACAUUUUCUCUCUCUCAUGGCAGCGCGUCAAUAGUGUUGCACACACUGUCUGCUGUUUCCACCCAGCGUCCCUUAGAAACUGGCCUAGUGUGCCGUGCCGGCCGUCCCUGCAGACUGCCUCCUGCCUCCCUCCCUCCUCUCAUUGUGGGAGAAUUAGCCCGUUCCACUUCCUCAGACGGGGCUUGGAGGCUAGUUCUCCCUCCUCACUACUGGAAAAGGAACAGAGUGCUGGGGCCAAUGAACACUGCUGUUGAUUCGAUUCAGUUUGGUUUCUUGUGUCUUUUGCCAAACUGUGAUUGUGUAAAGAUUGUUAUUUUAGGGAAUUUUAGGUUUGUUAAAUUUAGUUUGUUUAUCCAUUACUCCAAAAACAUUUGAAUCAUUUGGUAUCCAUGUAUUCAUCAUCAAAAACACAUCCAUAAUGGCUUGAGUCAAUUAUUGCUCGCUGGCCAAGCAAUCAGUCUCAAGUCCUGAUAACUAUAGGCAGAGGCCAUUGGUAAUCUAUGGGACUGACCAUAGGCUCAUGAAACGCCUGAGGUCAGGUCUGUCGCAGCCCGUCAGCCCUACAUCAAACGCAUGUCUUCUUCUGGACAACCGCGGGAUAUUGAUCGACCACACUAUAGCACAGCAGGUCACCUUUAGUCAAUCACUGUUUGUUAUUAGCUAGCUCCCUCCAUCAAUAAGACAUCAGGACAUGUCUGUCUGUCUGUUUGUCUGUCCUACCUGCCCCCCUGUUUGUAAUCGGUGAAUGAAUAGGCUCAAGCCACUACAUGCCACAAUAUAUUCAUUAGGCUAAAUCACAUACCAGGGACAUUUAAUUGAUUCAAUUGAUCAGUUGCAUUAAUGUGAUGUUUAAAUCAAAUGUUAAAAUCUAAACUAACAAAGCAGUAGCAUUGUUAUUUGUCAAUCAUUAAAAAAUGUAGUAUUUUCAUGUGACUUUGGCCCAUUGCUCUUGGUGUGAUUGUUUGUCUUCAUGCCUGCUGAGUUGCUUUUGUAUGUGGAUCUCUGUCUCCAGUACGAGUCCAGUCUCAUGUGUUGUUCUGAACCACGGAUCUCUGUCUCCAGUACGAGUCCAGUCUCAUGUGUUGUUCUGAACCACAGAUCUCUGUCUCCAGUACGAGUCCAGUCUCAUGUGUUGUUCUGAACCACGGAUCUCUGUCUCCAGUACGAGUCCAGUCUCAUGUGUUGUUCUGAAUCACGGAUCUCUGUCUCCAGUACGAGUCCAGUCUCAUGUGUUGUUCUGAACCACGGAUCUCUGUCUCCAGUACGAGUCCAGUCUCAUGUGUUGUUCUGAACCACAGAUCUCUGUCUCCAGUACGAGUCCAGUCUCAUGUGUUGUUCUGAACCACGGAUCUCUGUCUCCAGUACGAGUCCAGUCUCAUGUGUUGUUCUGAAUCACGGAUCUCUGUCUCCAGUACGAGUCCAGUCUCAUGUGUUGUUCUGAACCACGGAUCUGUCUCCAGUACGAGUCCAGUCUCAUGUGUUGUUCUGAACCACGGAUCUCUGUCUCCAGUACGAGUCCAGUCUCAUGUGUUGUUCUGAACCACGGAUCUCUGUCUCCAGUACGAGUCCAGUCUCAUGUGUUGUUCUGAACCACGGAUCUCUGUCUCCAGUACGAGUCCAGUCUCAUGUGUUGUUCUGAACCACGGCUGAGACGUGAUGAUAGUGAUGAUGAGUAACAAAACUGGUCUCUCUGUCUCUCACUCUGUCUCUCACUCUGUCUCUCACUCUGUCUCUCACUCUGUCUCGCUCACUCCCCAAGCCUCGCAGGGAUGCUUAAUGUUGCGUGGCCUUAAACCGCCUGCAGCCUCAGUAGUUUAAAGCUCUGCCUUAUGGGUUGGAGUGAUGGAGGAGGGGGGUAGUUGCGGAUUGUACAGGAGCGAUAAUGAUGCGUUUGGAGGAAGUAGCCGUGUGUUGCGGCUCCAACUUAGCCUGUUUGUUUUCUUGAACAGUGAAUCGUCAGUCAGUUGCAGGACAUCUCUCCUGCCAAAGCCGCGUUUUUCUCUCGCAUCAAACGUGAGCCAAACAUCUGUUCCCUGCAAAGUCACCAUUUAUGUCCUUUACCAGCCAGCACCAGGCAGCCUCGCACUGAGUGUGCUGCCUAUUUGCAUAGCACCCUGCUGGGAGCGCUGCCGCAGUAAGCCCAUCACAUCCUCCCCACUUCUGAAGAGGACGAGACUAGGAAAAUGCUAAUUCCACGAAGUUAGGGUGUGGGUUUGCAUAUAUGUGAAUUUAUGUGUGUGUCUUUGUUAGGGAAGGGUUAUUAUGUGGAUCCUUCCAAUAACACCAUAAUGACAUGUUUUAUAUGGAGUCUCAUCAGCCUUCCUCCUCCCUCCCACCUCAGUCCUCUAUCCAGUUAAUUCUAGCUCCAUACCCUUUAUAGUGUUAUAAUGUAGCUCCAUACCCUUUAUAGUGUUAUAAUGUAGCUCCAUACCCUUUAUAGUGUUAUAAUGUAGCUCUAUACCCUUUAUAUUGUUAUAAUGGAGCUCCAUAUCCUUUAUAGUGUUAUAAUGUAGCUCCAUACCCUUUAUAGUGUUAUAAUGUAGCUCCAUAACCUUAAUAGUGUUAUAAUGUAGCUCCAUACCCUUUAUAGUGUUAUAAUGUAGCUCCAUACCCUUUAUAGUGUUAUAAUGUAGCUCCAUACCUUAAUAGUGUUAUAAUGUAGCUCCAUACCCUUUAAUAGUGUUAUAAUGUAGCUCCAUACCCUUUAUAGUGUUAUAAUGUAGCUCCAUACCCUUAAUAGUGUUAUAAUGUAGCUCCAUACCCUUAUAGUGUUAUAAUGUAGCUCCAUACCCUUUAUAGUGUUAUAAUGUAGCUCCAUACCCUUUAUAGUGUUAUAAUGUAGCUCCAUACCCUUAAUAGUGUUAUAAUGUAGCUCCAUACCCUUUAUAAUGUUAUAAUGUAGCUCCAUACCAUUUAUAGUGUUAUAAUGUAGCUCCAUACCCUUUAUAGUGUUAUAAUGUAGCUCCAUACCCUUUAUAGUGUUAUAACAUUUACAUUUACAUUUACAUUUUGGUCAUUUAGCAGACGCUCUUAUCCAGAGCGACUUACAGUUAGUGAAUACAUAUAUUUUUUAUACUGGCCCCCCGUGGGAAUCGAACCCACAACCCUGGCGUUGCAAACGCCAUGCUCUAUCAACUGAGCUACAUCCCUGCCGGCCAUUCCCUCCCCUACCCUGGACGACGCUGGGCCAAUUGUGCGCCGCCCAUGAGUCUCCCGGUCGCGGCCGGCUGCGACAGAGCCUGGAUUCGAACCAGGAUCUCUAGUGGCACAGUUAGCACUGCGAUGCAGUGCCUUAGACCACUGCGCCACUCACUAUAGUGUUAUAAUGUAGCUCCAUACCCGUAAUAGUGUUAUAAUGUAGCUCCAUACCCUUUAUAGUGUUAUAAUGUAGCUCCAUUCCCUUAAUAGUGUUAUAAUGUAGCUCCAUACCCUUUAUAGUGUUAUAAUGUAGCUCCAUACCCUUUAUAGUGUUAUAAUGUAGCUCCAUACCCUUUAUAGUGUUAUAAUGUAGCUCUAUACCCUUUAUAUUGUUAUAAUGUAGCUCCAUACCCUUUAUAGUGUUAUAAUGUAGCUCCAUACCCUUUAUAGUGUUAUAAUGUAGCUCCAUACCCUUAAUAGUGUUAUAAUGUAGCUCCAUACCCUUUAUAGUGUUAUAAUGUAGCUCCAUACCCUUUAUAGUGUUAUAAUGUAGCUCCAUACCCUUUAUAGUGUUAUAAUGUAGCUCCAUACCCUUUAUAGUGUUAUAAUGUAGCUCCAUACCCUUUAUAGUGUUAUAAUGUAGCUCCAUACCCUUUAUAGUGUUAUAAUGUAGCUCCAUACCCUUUAUAGUGUUAUAAGUGUAGCUCCAUACCCCUUUAUAGUGUUAUAAUGUAGCUCCAUACCCUUUAUAGUGUUAUAACAUUUACAUUUACAUUUACAUUUUGGUCAUUUAGCAGACGCUCUUAUCCAGAGCGACUUACAGUUAGUGAAUACAUAUUAUUUUUAUACUGGCCCCCCGUGGGAAUCGAACCCACAACCCUGGCGUUGCAAAACGCCAUGCUUCUAUCAACUGAGCUACAUCCCUGCCGCCAUUCCCUCCCCUACCCUGGACGACGCUGGGCCAAUUGUGCGCCGCCAUGAGUCUCCCGUCGCGGCCGGCUGCGACAGAGCCUGGAUUCGAACCAGGAUCUCUAGUGGCACAGUUAGCACUGCGAUGCAGUGCCUUAGACCACUGCGCCACUCAUUAUAUGUUAUAAUGUAGCUCCCAUACCCGUAAUAGUGUAUAAUGUAGCUCCCUACCCUUAUCAUGUAAGCUCCAUACCCUUACGUGGUUAUAAUGUAGCUCCAUACCCUUAUAGUGUUUAUAAAUUUGUAGCUCCAUACCCUUUAUAGUGUUAUAAUGUAGCUCCCAUACCAUUUAUAGUGUUCAAUGUAGCCUCCAUCCCUUUAUAUGUUAUAAUGUACUCCAUACCCUUUAUAGUGUUAUAAUGUUAUCUCCAUACCCUUUAUAGUGUUAAAUGAAGCUCCAUACCCUUUAUCGUGUUAUAAUGUAGCUCCAUACCCUUUAAGUGUUAUAAUGUAGCUCCAUACCCUUAUAGUGUUAUAAUGAGCUCCAUACCCGUAAUAUGUUAUAAUGUACUCCAUACCCUUAAUAGUGGUAAUAAUGUAGCUUCAUACCCUUUAAUAGUGUUAUAAUGGUAGCUCCAUCCCUUAUAGUGUUAUAAUGUACUCCAUACCCGGUAUAGUGUUUAAUGUAGCCCAUACCCUUUAUAGUGUUAUAAUGUAGGAUCCAUACCCUUAAUGUGUUAUAAUUAUCUUCCAUACCCUUUAUAGUGUUUUAUAAUGUAGCUCCAUACCCUUAAUAGUGUUAUAAGGUGUCUACCAUACCCGUAAUAGUGUAUAAUGUAGCUCCAUACCUUAAUAGGUUGUAUAAAUGUAGCUCCAUUACCCUUUAUAGUUUAUAAGGGUAGCUCCAUACCUUUAUAGUGUUAUAAUGUAGCCUCCAUACCCUUAAUAGGUUAUCAUGUACUUCAUACCCCUUUAUACGUGUUAUAAUUUUAGGCUCCAUACCCUUUAUAGUUGUUAUCAAAAACCACUGUAGCUCCAUACCCUUUAUAGUGUUAGAGGUAGCCAUACCCUUUAUCGUGUUAUACUGUAGCUCCAGCCCCUUUAUAGGGUUAAUAUGUAGCUCCAUACCCUUUAUAGUGUUUGUUAUAAUGUAGCUCCCUACCCUUUAUAGUGUUAAGUAAAGCUCCUACUCUUCAACCGAACGCUGCGUGCCCAGCCCCACCCCCCCACCAUAGAAUCACUACUUUCGGCGGGUCUGACCUAGAGUAUGUGGACAACUACAAAUACCUAGGUGUCUGGUUAGACUGUGAACUCUCCUUCCAGACUCACAUUAAGCAUCUCCAAUCAAAAGUUAGAUCUAGAAUCGGCUUCCUAUUUCGCAAACAAAGCCUCCUUCACUCAUGCUGCCAAACAUGCCCUCGUAAAACUGACUAUCCUACCGAUCUUUGACUUCGGCGAUGUCAUUUACAAAAUAGCCUCCAACACUCUACUCAGCAAAUUGGAUGUAGUCUAUCACAGUGCCAUCCGUUUUGUCACCAAAGCCCCAUAUACUACCCACCAUUGUGACCUGUAUGCUCGUGUUGGCUGGCCCUCACUACAUAUUCGUCGCCAAACCCACUGGCUCCAGGUCAUCUAUAAAUCACUGCUAGGCAAAUCCCCGUCUUAUCUUAGCUCACUGGUCACCAUAGCAACACCCACCCGUAGUCUGCGCUCCAGCAGGUAUAUCUCACUGGUCAUUCCCAAAGCCAACACCUCCUUUGGCCGCCAUUCCUUCCAGUUCUCUGCUGCCAAUGACUGGAACGAACUGCAAAAAUCUCUGAAGCUGGAGACUCUUAUCUCCCUCACUAACGUUAAGCAUCAGUUGUCAGAGCACCUUACCGAUCACUGCACCUGUACACAGCCAUUCUUAAAUUAGCCCACCCAACUACCUCAUCCCCAUAUUGUUAUUUAUUUUGCUAAUUUGCACCCCAGUAUCUCUAUUUGCACAUCAUCUUUUGCACAUCUAUCAUUCCAGUGUUAAUACGAAAUUGUAACUAUUUUGCACUAUGGCCUAUUUAUUGCCUUAGCUCCAUAACUUACAACAUUUGCACACACUGUAUAUAUAUAUUUUCUGUUGUAUUUUUGACUUUAUGUUUUGUUUACCCCAUAUGUAACUCUGUGUUGUUGUUUUUAUCGCACUGCUUUGCUUUAUCUUGGCCAGGUCGCAGUUGUAAAUGAGAACUUGUUCUCAACUGGCUUACCUGGUUAAAUAAAGUUUAAAUAAAUAGAAAAUAAAAUACAAAUAGUGUUAUAAUGUAGCUCUAUACCCUUUAUAGUGUUAUAAUGUAGCUCCAUACCCUUUAUAGUGUUAUAAUGUAGCUCUAUACCCUUUAUAGUGUUAUAAUGUAGCUCCAUACCCUUAAUAGUGUUAUAAUGUAGCUCCAUACCCUUAAUAGUGUUAUAAUGUAGCUCCAUACCCUUUAUAGUGUUAUAUGUAGCUCCAUACCCGUAAUAGUGUAUAAUGUAGCUCUAUACCCUUAAUAGUGGUUAUAAUGUAGCUCCAUACCCUUUAUAGUGUUAUAAUGUAGCUCUAUAACCCUUUAAUAGUGUUUAUAAUGUAGCUCCAUACCCUUUAUAGUGUUAUAAUGUAGCUCCAUACCCUUAUAGUGUUAUAAUGUAGCUCCAUACCCUUUAUAGUGUUAUAAUGUAGCUCCAUACCCUUUAUAGUGGUUAUAAUGUUAGCUCCAUACCCCUUAAUAGUGUUAUAAUGUAGCUCUAUACCCUUUAUAGUGUUAUAAUGUAGGCUCCAUACCCUUUAUAGUGUUAUAAUGUAGCUCCUAUACCCUUUAUAGUGGUUAUAAUGUAGCUCCAUACCCUUAAUAAUGUUAUAAUGUAGCUCUAUACCCUUUAUAGUGUUAUAAUGUAGCUCCAUACCCGUUCAUAUAGUGUUAUACUGUAGCUCCAUACCCUUUUAAGUGUUAUAAUGUAGCUCCUAUACCCUUUAUAGUGUUAUAAUGUAGCUAUACCCUUUAUAGUGGUUAUAAAUGUAGCUCCAUACCCUUAAUAGUGUUAUAAUGUAGCUCCAUACCCUUUAUAGUGUUAUAAUGUAGCUCCAUACCCUUUAUAGUGUUAUAAUGUAGCUCCAUACCCUUUAUAGUGUUAUAAUGUAGCUCCAUACCCUUAAUAGUGUUAUAAUGUAGCUCCAUACCCUUUAUAGUGUUAUAAUGUUGGCUUCAUGGGCUUUAAAUCUGUCAGGUCUACAGGCCUCAUAGUUUAUUAAUGUACACCGUUUGAUGCAGUCUGGUGGUCACUCAUUAACAAUAUAGGCCUUAGUGCUGAAGUAGAAAAAUAACAGGAUGUAAUGGGGAAAAAUAAAACUUCUGCUAUAGCACAGUAUUCUACUCUGUGUCUGUACACUGUUGCGUAUCCAGUCUUGAUAGGGUACAUUAUUCAAUAUAAAGCGUUGUGAAGGGUAGGAGUGCUGUCACAACUGUGAGUGACUGACUGAUACUAGUGCAUUCUCCAGGCUGUUGUCAUGUUCACGGAGCUGAUCAGGGAGAACUUCAGGAACAGCAAACUGAAGCAGUGCCUGCUGCCACCACUGGGGGAGCUGCUCUACCUCAUCGCAACACAGGUGAUGAUAUACUCCAAAUCAGUGCUCUUUCAACCCUAUGCAUACUACUGUCUUAAUGAAAUGAGUGUGUGAAAUGAAUGCCAAUUUUGGGUACAAUGAAUGAGACCUAAUAACUUCUAUUCAAUCAAUCAAUCAAAUGUAUUUUAUAAAGCCCUUUUUAUAUUAGCAGUUGUCACAAAGUGACUAAUAAGUCUGUUGGCGUAGGCCUUUAUGAUGAUAUUCUGAUACUGUCGAUAAUCUACCACAAAGAUACCUGCUUAAACAACUACUGUAUUUAAGCACUCUCAGUAAUAUCAGCACUUAAAGCACUUAAAGAUGUUUGUCUGUCUGUAUUUGGUUUUUGUGUUUGAUGUUUGUGCAAGGGUUUGAAAACACUAAAUGACCUAUCGCUCUACAUCAAAUUAAAUUUUGUCACAUGCGCCGAAUACAGCAGGUGUAGACCUUACAGUGAAAUGCUUACUUACAAGCCCUUAACCAACAAAGCAGUUUUAAGAAAAAUAAGUGUAAAGUAAAAAAUAGAUCAGUAAUGGUUUGCCACUAGUUUAUUGUUCCAUUGAAAAGCUAUGCAAAAGAGCUGUUUUAACUUUCACCCUGUCCUUUUGACUGUAAGCUGUCUUGAUCUCCCGCUGCACCUGAAAGCCAUGUAGACACACAUGAAGGUUCCUGCUGGUGUGAUAUUAUCUUUAGUUUCAGGGUAAUUCCUCUCUGAGCUGUCCAGUUUGUCAGGGUCACUCAGUGCAGCACACACACAAUGGCUAUUGACUUUAUUGGCUGAUUAACCAAUAGAGGUAAGGGGUUUCAAAGUGCCCUUUAUUCACUAUUGGCUAUUUGAUUUUCUCCACAAAGUGUUUUACUGUAUGGGAAUGUGCUUUCAAGGCUUAAUUCGGGUAGGUUAGUUCUAGUUUAAUAAAAAUACCUGUGAAGAGUAAUUGCGUGUUAUGGAUCCACACCAUAUUGGUACACCCGACAAUUAUCUUUCUCCUAUUUUAUGUUGAGAAUCUUAUGAAUUCAUACACCAUAUCCACAGAAUAAUAGAGAUGCCUCUAAAUCAUUUCAGUAUUCUGAGAAGCGAGUGACAUUUCGAGGCCCUUUCAGAUUAUUAUUACUGCAUGAUGGACAAAAUGGGGAAAAAAUCUGUAUGAGGAUUGAUGUACUGUAGGUAUACUUUAUUACAUAGCAAAAUAGAAAGCAAAAACACAGAAAAAUGAAUAGAUGGCAUAAAAGCAGACCUUAGGUAAAAGCAAGCCUUGUGGUUAAUGGGCUCUCUGAACACUACAGAUGUAGGAUCUUAAUUUGAGACAGUUUGCUACAGCAGGAAAAUAAUCCUGCAGCAACAACAUUUUUGUAGGGGUUGAUACAUUUUUCGUUAGGGCAAAUCAAGUCUGAAAUUUCAAAGUGGAAAUUACAAACUUUUGAAGCCUUUUUAAAAUUUGAAUACACUACAAGUUUGCAUAGAAAAUUCUCAGCAACAAAAGAGUGAUCAAAUUAAGAUCCUACAUCUGCAUGCAGGGCAGUGUAUGAUCAAAGGCCUCAUUAACAGGGAUGUAGUGAUGAAAGUGUGAGCACCAGUGGAGAUGUCGGGAGGAGAAUAGCGUAAAUGAUAGCUAACGCAAAACAAAUUCACAUGUAGUGUAAUAGGUGCAUAAAGAUUAUUCUGAAAAUAUAACAGGUGUGUAAACAGUGUUUCCAUUUGGUUUUGGUCCACUACAUCACUCAUCAUAAACCCACUGUUUACUGUCAAUAUGUUCACAUAUCCCCAGUUUACAAUGACAUUAUAACACACAUUACCUCACCAGUACCAAAGGAAUUUCCAAAGUUCCAAAUUUGGUAGCUAGCUAGAGCAUUUGUGAACGUUGUUUCGGGCUUAUUUAUUUAGCCUAAUUACGCUAGCUGCUGCUGCUUUGUUUUGCCCUAAUUGUUCCCCCAAUGAGCCACUACAGGAGUCCUCUCUGUCUCCACUACAGACCUUCCCUUCUCUUCCCUUCUCUUCCCUUCUCUUCCCUUCUCUUCCCUUCUCUUCCCUCUCUCUCCCCGCAGGAGGAGAAGAAAGAGUACCCAGGAGAGCUGUGGGUCGUUCCUGCUGCCGCCUACACGGUGUUAAUGAGGUGCCUUCGGGAAGGGGUAAGUCUGCUGCACCUGCCUCAGCAAGGGGGAGGGAAG